CAUCACUGCAUGCCCCAUGCACGCACCUACAAUUUCCCUUCAUCAAUCCAAACCUCUUUAAAUCACAAAAUUAAUUCAAAAAGGUUUCACUGAGAUUGGUGUCCAACAAUUAAAAACAUGAGUCAGGAACAGCCAAAGAGGGAGGAUCAUCAAGAAGAGGCUAUCACAUACGGAGAUGUCUUCAACGUUCAAGGAGGUCUCAAAACCAAACCGAUUGCAUCGGUUGACGCCGCCACCAUGCAAAAGGUGGAGAGUCACCUGCUUGGUAAGAACCCCAAGGGUGGCGUCGCCGCGGCGAUGCAAUCCGCGGCCAUGAAAAAUGAGAGAGAUGGGGUGGUGGGGCUCAACGAUAUAAAUAACAUCGCCGCUGGCGAUGGUGUUAGUGUGAAGGAGACUGAUUCUCCGGGGAGGCAAGUGAUAUCGGAGUCCGUUGGUGAACAGGUUGCUCAGAAAUCAGUAGAGGAAAAGGAGAAGAGAGUUAAUAAAUUGGUUGAGAUGGUGGAGCAAUUUAGCAAAAAGGCGCCACUGACGUCCUCUCUUGUUCAAGAGAUGGGCAUUGGGGGCGGUGGGAUCACCAUAGGUGAAGCACUGGAAGCGACGGUUCUCACGGCGGGAAAGAAGCCGGUGGAGUGGAGCGAUGCGGCGGCGAUUCAAGCUGCGGAAGUGAGAGCCACCGGGCGCACCAACAUCGUCCCCGGAGGCGUUGCUGCGGCGGCGCAAUCGGCCGCAACCCUAAAUGCUCGGAUUACAAAGGAAGAGGACAAGACGAAACUCGCAGAUAUUCUGGCGGAUGCGACUUCGAAGUUACCGUCAGAUAGAGCAGCGACUCGGAGAGAUGCUGAAGGUGUGACUGGUGCAGAAAUGAGAAAUGAUCCCAACCUCACUACUCAUCCUGGGGGUGUGUCAGCAGCCGUGGCUGCUGCUGCUAGGCUUAACCAAAUCACUAACUAGUUACUUCAUCUCACAUACCAUAUAUGUAUAUUAUCGCCAUUGCGCAUUUUGUAAGUGAUUCAUUUUUCUUUCUUUCCUUCAUGGAGAACGAAACAACCAAAAUUCUGUCCUCUGACAAAAUGUUAAGAGCUCGCCCAAUUUUUAUUUUUUUUAAUCUAACCGUGAUAGUUUUCUUCAAAGCAAUGCGUUUAUAUUUUAUU